GUGAUGUCAUCGCAGCGCGACGACAGGAAGUAAGCUCCUGGGCUGCGGUGCUGCGCGGAGUCCCGAGCUCCUGAGUCUGACGGCACCGCGAUCUCCACUCCCAUCUUCUUCUCGCCGCCAUGGAUAUUGCCUGCGAGUCGCCCACGGAAAAAGGUGGAGAGACAGGGGAGUCAGAUGAGACGGCCGCUGCUCCUGGGGGCCCGGGGGUUACUGACACGGACGGAAUCACGGAGGAAACUGACGGAGACGCAGAUGGGGAAUUGAAAGAGGCCUCGGCUGAAGAAGGCGAGCUCAAGAGUCAGGAUAUCUCAGAUUUAACAGCAGUUGAAAGGGAAGACUCAUCAUUACUUACUCCUGCAGCCAAAAAAUUGAAAAUAGAUACCAAAGAAAAGAAAGAGAAGAAGCAGAAAGUGGAUGAAGAUGAGAUUCAAAAGAUGCAAAUCCUGGUUUCUUCUUUUUCUGAGGAGCAGCUGAACCGUUACGAAAUGUAUCGCCGGUCAGCUUUCCCUAAGGCAGCCAUUAAAAGGCUGAUCCAGUCCAUCACUGGUACCUCUGUGUCUCAGAAUGUUGUUAUUGCUAUGUCUGGUAUUUCCAAAGUUUUCGUCGGGGAGGUGGUAGAAGAAGCACUGGAUGUGUGUGAGAAGUGGGGAGAAAUGCCACCGCUACAACCCAAACAUAUGAGGGAGGCUGUUCGGAGGCUGAAGUCGAAGGGGCAAAUUCCCAACUCGAAGCACAAAAAAAUCAUCUUCUUCUAGACCAAAGUCUAGAAGGGCCUGGUACUGAAGGAAGAAGUACUCAUUCCAGACUUCCUAUUGCAUGAGACUCUCUGCACUGGUGCUUUAGUAUCUCGGUCCUCGAAGGAUUCCAUGAUGCUUUAAUGUCUUUCUCAAAACUCUGAUGUUCAUUACACCUUGAAGGCAUGCAGCCUGUUUCAUACUUGCCUUGACUAAAUAUUGGGACCUCUGAGGGCAUUUUGAGGCAUUUAACUAUUACUGGCUAGUUGGAAGAAGAAAGGUUGAUGAGGCUUAAGCAUCUUCUGGACAGGAAUGCUGCUUUCAGAAAGAAAACCCUUCCAAGACAGUUUGACGGUUUCACAUUGAAGCCUGAAGUUGCAAUGACUUAGGUUGUUUCUUACAUUUGGUUUUAAGUAAAUGAAACAAUCAGAAACUUUUGACUUGUGAUACUCUACCGUGAAGGACACAGUGACAGCAGGAGUAGUGGAAUAGCCUGUCCUUGUAAACAUUUUGGUGAGUGAUCAUUAAACUGUUUUCCAACUUGC